UAAAAAAACCCAAACCCUAGACCGGUUUGUACAUGUUUUCUUCAUACAACCACAGUCAGAUAAACAACAUACAACGCUAGAGCAGCAAAGCAUACAAUAGAGUAUCAGCGCUACCACACAACAAUCGCCAAAGAUGAUGCGAACACGAAUGCCCACGGCCUACAUGACCAGGAUACGUACUCCUGCUUUUUGUCAGUCGUUUUCAAGUGGUCGGCCCAAGCUUUCAGAGGGCGACACAGGCGGAAUUAGGUCUGGCGGCAUCGCUGCAGGAGAUACCUUCAGCCGCCGAGAACAUGUCAUAGAAGACCUAUACGUGAAGCAGCACGAAAUGGAAAAUAUCAAAAAACUGCGGGAGAAACUCGCGGCUCAACGGAAACACCUUGAUGAAGUCGAACAACAUAUCGACGAAAUGGAAAAGUUGGCCGAAGCCAAGGUCGAAAAUGUUCCCAAAUGACUGUCGGCAGAAAGCCGUUUAUGAAUCAACAACAUUUCCAAACUAGAUUACUAGACUUGGGCCGGCGUUUGAGGUGUUGAGAGCAAGGCGUUGGAACCCUCCGGUAUAAAGUCUCAUUGCCGUGGUAUGGGUUGGGAAUUUUAGAUCGAGAGAUGGAAUGGUAACAGUCACACCAUCCAAAGGUCACCGACGUCGAAGACAUAAUACGAAUGAAACCAUCAACAACUA